AUGGAGAGAAUUUCUAAAAAUGAAAAUGAAAAUGCAACUGAAGCUUCAUUUAUUGUCAGUUUACACAUUGCAAAAGCUGGAAAGCCCCAUACUAUUGCCGAGACACUGAUUAAAUCUUGCGUGAAGGAUGUUGUAAGUUGCAUGUUAGGUCCAGACAUGGCCAAGAAGAUUGAUACUGUGCAGCUGUCAAAUAGCACUAUAAGCAAGCGAAUUUACACAAUUUCAGAGUCUGUGGAGAACGAGCUUAUAAGAAGACUGAAAACUUGUGAAUUUUUUAGUUUACAGCUUGAUGAAAGUACCGAUGUUGCAGGACUUGCUGUUCUUCUUGUGUUUGUGAGGUAUCCAUUCGAAAUGCAAAUAGAAGAAGAACUUUUGAUGAGUGAAGUGCAUGAAACUUACACCACUGGCGACGAAAUUUUCAAAGCUAUCGACAAAUGUGUACAGAAAAAUGAUUUGGAAUGGAGCAAGUGUGUGGAUAUUUGCAGCGAUGGAGCGGCUGCAAUGGUUGGAAAAGUGAAGGGAGCCGUGUCUAGGAUGAAGCAAGUGGCAGGAAAUGCCACCAGCAGCCACUGUGUCAUCCAUCGGCAUUCUCUGGCAACUAGAAGGAUGCCGCAAGAUUUAAAAGUCGUAUUGGAUGGUGCUGUGAAAAUAAUUAAUCAUGUUAAGAGCUGCCCGCUUCAAGCACACCUUUUAAAACUUACCACUGAAGAUCUGGGUAUGGAUCACUUCCACCUCUUGCUGCACACAGAAGUGUGGUGGCUAUCAAGGGGAAAUUUUUUAGCCAGACUGUUUGAACUAAAAGAUGCACUGGUGGUCACAUUUACAGAGGAGCCUUUUAUCCAACAAUUAACUGAUGUCGAUUGGCUGCUUAAAUUGGGAUACCUUUCUGACAUCUUUGAAAAACUAAAUGAAACCACCACUUCUCUUCAAGGGAAAGGAGGAGCACAAUUAGAGAAAAUAAAAGACUUGCGGAAAAUAAUUACAUUUUUUAAAGCGUGUGUUGAGAGCAGAGACAUCUCCAACUUUCCUCGGUUGCAAGAAUUUGUCAAAACAAAUGAGAUCAACCUUCAAACCAACUUCCUCGAAAUGUGUAUUGCCCACUUGCAAGGUUUGGAAAGAAGCAUAGUUGAUUAUUUUCCCGACAUUGACUCUGAUGACAUCUACAGCUGGAUGAUGAACCCUUUUUUCCUGCGACCUGAAACAUAA